AUGGACGACGUUGAUAUAUCCAGUGAAACUAUUAUUCUCCGCAACGACAUCGGGACACCUGAAACCAUGUCAGCGAACGUCAUCGCGAUUGAGGUGAUAGCACAAAUCCAGCGAUGCCUCAUGCGGAAGCGUACUCUCCGCUACCGCAUAUUUGCAACGGAUCCCCUCACAGAAUUUCAACCACUGGCUUUUGACAAAGUCGUUUCGCUUGAUGUUGUGGGCGAGGGCCAAGUACGGAACGUUUCCAUGGAGGAGGAGGGCACAGAAUGCGCCAGGCCAGCGCAUGGUCCAGAUGCUAGAAAAGGAGCUGAUUUCAACCGUCUUGCUGACACACUUGAGGCCGAUCCUGUACGAGGUGUCGGUGUUGUGGAGGUUCGGCUUGAUUCGGACAAGAAGUUCUGGGAUACGAUGAUGCCCGCAAUAGGUGCUUAUCUAAAUGACUAUCCCUCGAAGCUCCUUGCAGCGAAAGAGGCUUUGGCGGGUUGGAUCAUCUCGCUGUUCGUGCGCAAGGAGGUCAAUGGCCAACUGGUCACUUGCAUCACGAGCCCUGCGAUCGCCGCAAGUGCUCAGCCUGCGUCAACACCUGCUUAG